GUAGAUUCGUGGCGUGCAUGCUCGUGCCGUGUUUUGUCCCUCCACCGUCGGCAACAGCCUGGGCGGCCUCUACACCCGGCGGGCUAUCGGCGAGCUGUGGCAGCCGGGCGACGGCUUGCUCUGCGGCCUCCGCCCGGCGUCCUUCGUGACGAUCGGCUGCCCGCAUCUGGGCGUGCGACGGUUCACCUACAUCCCGCUCCCUAGCUUCCUCCAGCAGCUCGCGCCGCUGGUCGUCGGCGACACGGGGGCAGACCUGUUCCUCCUGGGCCCCGACCGGUUGCUGCCGCGCAUGACGCGGCCGCGCAGCCGCUGCAUGGGGGCCCUCCGGGCCUUCCGGCGGCGCGGGCUGUACGCCAACCUGUGGGGGGACUUCAUGGUCCCUUUCGGCACGGCGGCCAUCGAGCCCGCCUGGGGCGCCGGGCUCGCGGACGAGGGGCGCGCGCGCGGCUUCGCGGAGCGCGGCGGCGCCGAGCCCGUCGCGGAGGCGAUGCAGCGGAGGAGGGACGGGGUGGCGGUGCGGCUGCGGGCGGCGCGGCCGGUCGCGCCGGCCUCGCCGCAGCCAGCAGGGGCUGAGGAGCAGGAGGAGGUUUCGAUGGCCCGCGAGCUGGAAGCCUGUGGGUGGGACAAGUUCGCGGUCGCCUUCUCCGAGACGGGGUCCCUCUUCCCCAUGGCGCACAACAAGAUCGCAGCCUUGAGUCGGGAGGGCUGGCGGCAGAUCUUGUUCUCGUGGCUGGAGCGAACUUGGCAGGGCGAGGAGCUCAUGGAUGACAUCGCGAGUUAUGUGCUGGGUGAUGGCGAGCCCUCGCCGCGCGACGAAACCAGGCCAAAAAGGAGUGCACCACCUAGAUCUGGUCCGUGAUCCCCCCCCUUCGAGGGCACGCCCCUUUGUGUGACCAGGCCUGCACCCCUCCGGGGAGCUGCACGUGCUCGUCGAUCCUGCCCUGUGCUGGCGCCCUUGAACAUCCGGAGCCGCGGCCUCGCGGGCCGGGCCCCCGGGCCGCGGCCCUGUGGAUACGGGGCGACUUGUCGCGGAGGCCCGGCGCGGACCGCCCCCGCGCGACGUCGUAGCCGCGGCGUCGCGCCCCAGAAUCCAGGCCGCGAGGGCGCGGUCUCCC